AACCCCUGUAGGGAUAGAGGCCACAAAAACAAACCUAGAGGCUCUGACUUUAAACGCAGUCAGUCCUGAGAGGGCUCUCUGGUUGGUUUCUUUUCCCUGUUGCAUUCAUCAGAAGGCGAAUUUACCAACAACCUUCGGCCGAACACAACCACCUGGAUCCGGGCCAAGGGCAAGCAGCCGCGUGGAAACCUGGGCAGCAAGGUGGAAGGGUGGCUGGGCACCCGUGGGUUGCGAACAUGCGGGGACUGCUGGGCAGCAGCUGGAGGAAGUUCGGUCAUGCUGGCAGGGGGACAGACGAGUGGCUAACAAGCGAACCAAGCCUGCCUCUUCAGGAGACCCAGCUACAGGGUGCCCAGAGGGCGAGCUCCACGAGGGAAGACGCAGAGCCCUUCCUGUGCACCCUCCUCCCGGCCACUGUCCUGCUCUUCCUGGCCUUCGUGCUGCUCUUCCUGUACCGGCGCUGCAAGCGCGCGCCGCCCACGGGCCCGGGCUCCAGCCCCGACGUGCCAUUGCACCCCACCGCCGCCGCCCAGGCGGCCGACUUCCUGCCCGGCCGGCCCUGGAGCACCGAGCAGGACUUCGCCUACUCCCCGCUGCCCUGGGACGCCCCCCUGCCCUCGCUCGGCUUCCCGCCCUCCUACGAGGAGGCCACCAGGAGCGCCCCUGGGGAGGAGGCCCCGGGGCCAGCCCCUCGCCGGGAGGACCGUCCACUCAGACCAGAGCUGCGGAAAUAAGCCGCGGGAGAAAAGCAGUUUCCUCCUGCGGGACACUCCACGCACCUUG